AUGCGAAGACAAAGCAGCAUUAGAGGUCAAAGUUCUGAUGCUAUGGCAGUUAAUGUCCAAUUCAAGGUGUCUUCAUCCAUUGAAGUAGAUGAGGUCACAAUUGAUGUAGAUUCUUUAGCCUCUUCUUUGCACAAAUUGAUGCCACAAAGUUUAUCUGUAUCCCAACAAUGUUCCAUCUUCAAGAUCCCCGGCAUCCUCAAGCGCCAUAACCCGGAAGCUUAUGUCCCCAAUGCCUUCUCAAUUGGGCCGUGGCAUCAUGACCAAAAGAACCUCAAACCAGCAGAAGAGAUCAAAUUGAAUUACCUCCAACGCCUCAUCUCCAGAUCACGAUCACCGGAGAAAAGGUUAAAGGAAUUCAUCGAAGCAAUUGCCAAAGUUGAAAAAGAUGUGCGAGCCCACUAUGCCGAACCGAUUGACAUGAGUAUAGAAGAUUUUGUGAAGUUAUUAGUUAUUGAUGGUUGCUUCAUUAUUGAACUGUUUCGCAAGCAUUCAGACGAAAAACUAAGAGACGAGUAUGAUCCCAUAUUCGAUAUGUCAUGUAUGCUCGAAUAUUUGUUCCACGACUUGAUCCUGCUCGAAAACCAGAUUCCUUAGCUGGUGCUCGAACGCUUGUUCAAC